AUGACACAGACGCUAGCAGUCGAGACAACAAACCUCACAUAUGUGUUUAACAAUAAGAAAUGCGGAUUGGAGGAUAUUAAUUUGCAAAUCCCAUGGGGUACCACCAAUCUUCUCGUGGGACCUAACGGUGCUGGUAAAUCCACGCUUUUGAAGAUUCUUGCUGGAAAAACUCUAGUGAAACAAGGCAAGUUGAGGCUUGGAGGGUUCGAUCCUUUUGAAUUCUCUCCGACUCGUCACGAGCAACAUAAUUCCGACAUCAACAACUACAUCUCGUACUUGGGCACAGAGUGGGCGAACAACGAGGUAGUGAAGAGAGAUAUCCCCGUCAAGCUCCUCAUAUCAUCAAUUGGCGGUGAAGCAUACAGGGAGAGACGUGACGAGCUCAUUCAGAUCAUGGACUUGGACCCUGAUUGGUCCAUGUGUUCUAUCAGUGAUGGUGAGCGUAGGAGGGUGCAAUUGGUGAUGGGCUUACUCAAGCCAUGGAAAUUGCUUUUAUUGGAUGAAGUGACGGUGGAUUUGGACGUGAUCGUGCGCCAGAACUUGCUCAAUUUCCUUAAGAGGGAGUGUAAGGAGAGAGGCUGUUGUGUGAUAUAUGCCACACAUAUCUUCGAUGGGCUUGGCAAAAAUUGGUGUGACCGUGUAAUUCACUUGAACGCUGGAAGAAAGACAGAUGAUGUUGAUGUGAGCAAGAUCGAAUUCUCUGACGAUACCAAGGAGAUCGAAGUGCAGAAGAGCGAAGAAGGCAUCAUUAAUCGAAUCAAAGUGGCCAUGGCUCAAUCCUUACAUCCCUUGGUGUUGCACUGGCUUCGAGACGAUCUUGAGGAGCGAGGCAGCCGUGAAGAUGAGAAAGCCAGAAUUGCGCAGAGGCAAUUGGACUGGGACAAUGCCAGAGACGGGCACUACUUCGACAAGGACCUGAAGAUUGCCCAGUACUUUCAAGCCACACGUGGCCGUCCCAACAAGAGCUGA